AUGUCCCCCACGCUCACAUUCCUGCUCUGCCUUGGGCUGAGUGUGGGACUGAGGACCUCAGAGCAGGCAGGGACCCUCCCUAAACCCACCAUCUUGGCUGAGCCAGGCUCUCUGAUCUCUCGGGGGAAGCCCGUGGCCAUUUGGUGUCAGGGAACCCUGGAGGCCAAGGAGUAUCUAGUGUAUGGAGAGGGAAGCUCAGCGCCCUGGGACAGACAACAACCAGUGAAGCCCAAGGCCAAGGUCAGGUUCUCCAUCCCACACAUGGAGGAACAACAUGCAGGGAGACAUCGCUGUUACUAUCUCAGCCCUACUGGCUGGUCAGAGCACAGCGACCCCCUGGAGCUGGUGCUGACAGGAUUCUACAGAAAACCCUCCCUCUCAGCCCUGCCGAGCCCUUUGGUGACCUCAGGAGGGAACGUCACCCUCCAUUGUGGCUCAUGGCUGAGAUUUGACAGGUUCAUUCUGAUUGAGGAAGGAGGACACAAGCCCUUCUGGACCCUGGACUCACAGCGACCCCUCAGGGAGCAGUUCCAGGCCCUGUUCCCUGUGGGCCCUGUCACCCCCAGUCACAGGUGGACGUUCAGAUGCUAUGGCUGUUACAGGUUCACUCCCCAGGUGUGCUCAGAACCCAGUGACCCCAUGGAGCUACUGGUUCCAGGUGUGUCUGGGAAGCCCUCCCUCCUGAGCCAGCAGGGCCCUAUCGUGACCUCUGGACAGAAGUUAACACUCCAGUGUCUCUCUGAUGUCUGCUAUGACAGAUUCGCUCUGUCCAAGGAGGGGGGACAUGACCUCCCUCAGCCCCUCGGCCAACAGCUCCAGACCAGACGCUCUCAGGGUGAUUUCCCCCUGGGUCAUGUGAUCUGGUCCCAUGGGGGCCAGUACAGAUGCUACGGUCGACACAAGCUCUCCUCCAACUGGUCAGCCCCCAGCGACCCCCUGGACAUCCUGGUGGCAGGACUACUCGAUGACACACCUGCCCUCUCGGUGCUACCAGGCCCCACAGUGGCCUCAGGAGAGAAUGUGACCCUGCUGUGUCAGACACAGAGCCGGAGGGACACUUUCCUUCUGUCCAAGGAGGGGGCAACGGCUCCCCCCCUGCGUCUUAGAUCAAAGUACCAAGCUCAGCAGUACCAGGCGCAGUUCUCCAUGAGUCCUGCAACCUCAGCACAUGCGGGGAUGUACAGGUGUUACAGCUCAUGCAAUACCUCCCCCUACGAGUUGUCACACCCCAGUGACCCCCUGGAACUCAUGGUCUCAGGAAUCUACAGCAAACCUACCCUCUCAGCCCUGCCGAGCCCUGUGGUGACCUCAGGAGGGAACAUGACCCUCCAGUGUGACUCAUGGCAGGGAUUUGACAGGUUCAUUCUGACUAAGGAAGGAGAACACAAGCCCUCCUGGAUCCUGGACUCACAGAGACACCCCAAUGGGAAGUUCCAGGCCUUGUUCCCUGUGGGUCCCAUGAUCCCCUUCCACAGGUGGACAUUCAGAUGCAAUGGCUAUUACAGGAAAUACCCCCAGGUGUGGUCACACCCCAGUGACCCCCUGGAGCUCCUGGUCUCAGGACCCAAUGUGGAACCCAGACGCCCACCGACAGGUCCCAUCUCCACAACCGAAAUGUCUGACACCAUCAGCCUAUCACAAAACAAGUCAGACUCCAAGAGUGAUUCAUAUCCCAGAGACUACACAGUGGAGAAUCUCAUCCAGAUGGGCAUGGCUGGCUUGAUCCUGGUGGUCCUCGGGAUUCUGAUAUUUCAGGCUCAACACAGCCCAAGAAGACCCCAAGACGCAGCCAAGAGAUAACCAUAAGAGAGAACAAUGUGCUGUUUAGAGUGGUAGAGACUUGGAAAGAAAUCUUGUAUUCCCAGGAGGAUCUGGAAGAACAUUUGGGGCAUAUGUUGUGUAAAAUGUCUGCAGGCCAUUGGUAGG